UUUUAUUCAUUCGUUCUUUCCAACGACAGCGUUUUGCUGCGUACGUAACAUUUACGCUUUGUAUACCACAUUUGAGCACCUGUGUCGGUAGAUGCGGCGUUUUUUGCCCCUCUUUAUGGUAAGCUAAUGUGGAUUUUCAACUUUGACUGUGACUUUUUUUUUGCGUGGGAUCGAUGAUCUAGUUUUUUAAGGAUCCAGUGGAAAAUUAAGCAUUAUAAAAUUCAUAACGCAUAAUUUUACCAACGUAUUUUUUGUUCUUCCAUUUGAUGGAUACAUUUACUGAAUUUUAUUUUACACGCACUCACAUGACAAUUCGAUUUAUGAUCAAAAAUCGGCCCACGCAACUCAUUAUUCAAAUCAAACAGACAGUCCGAGCGUUUUUUUUUUUUUUUUUUAUAACCCUUCAUCUAUCGCUUCCGCCACUUCACGCUCAUAAAUAAUCAUAGCGAGCAAAUCAUACGAGAAAAAAAACUUAUUCAAUUACUAACAACAUGUUUUUUUUUUCUUUUUCUUUUUUUUUUUUAAAUUUCCAGAAGUCGAAAACAGGCGCGACGACAACUACUGCAUCGGCCACGGUGCAACGUCCUGCUGCUAUAGUUAUGCUGCAUCGGUCGGUCUAGUGAGUGCGAAAGAUAAGAGAAGAAGGAAAAAAGGCUCGGUUCUCUCGGUAUAUCGUGCAACAUUAAAAAGUGCCACUAUAGGAGUAAAAAACGCGUUGUAAAAAUUAAAGGGAAAAAAAGUGUCGGAGGAAAAAAUAAACAUUUCUCUGUCGCGACAUUGGUAAAUCGCGAGUGUGCAGGCAGUGCAGGCACCAAAACGAGGAGAGGUAGAAGAGAAGGAGGAAAGAAUAAAGAUCAGCGAGCUGUCUUACGCAACAGGAGGAGGGACAAGAUGAUGGAGACACAAAAUUACUGGGAGGACAACUCCACGCACUCCAUGCCAAUGAAAUACGAGAGUCUGGACGGAAGAUCCUGCAAGGACGAGAUCUACAGGAUGGGCCUUGGAUCGGGCUACUGCGAGGGGAACCUGAAUUUCGCAACCGCUUCCGAGGACGACGAGGUCUACCCGAAAAAGAAAGUCUCGAGGGUGAGUCAAGAUCCAAUGUCCCACAGGAUAAUCGAGAAGCGCAGGAGGGACCGGAUGAACAACUGUCUGGCCGACCUGAGUCGACUCAUUCCGGCCGAGUACCUUAAAAAGGGCCGGGGCAGGGUCGAAAAGACCGAAAUCAUCGAGAUGGCCAUCCGUCACAUGAAGUACCUCCAAAACCUCAGACAAGACUCAAAACACCACACUCCGGUGACGUCGGUCCACCACAACCAUCACGCCGAGGACAGCGUGGACAGCAGCGUGAGCCACCCAUCGCCUCCGUCCUCCUCGUCGUCGUCCUCGAGCGUGAGCGCCGCCGAGUACUACAAGCUCGGCUACCAAGACUGCCUUGGCGAGGCGAUGCACUUUCUCGUCGAGGUCGAGGGCUUUUUCGCUCGCGACAACCUCGUCGUCCAGUUGAUCGAACACCUCAAGAAGCACUGCAACAAAGUCCUCGCCACCAACGACAGACUGGGCUUCCCGCACCCUAUGGACCUGGCGUCGGGGACCGGCACCGGCUGCUCCAGCGAGAUUACCUUCAACCACACAAACGGCAACGUCCCUCUGAUGUGUCCAUCCAACAACGGCCUCGACCUCCUAUCCGCCACCGCCACCAAUGCCCACAACACCAUCAUCAAUACCACCACCAACAACAUCGGCAGCCAUAUUUUGAACCUGCAGCACCCACACCCGCUGCGGACCGGCAGCAGCACCAGUCCGGACCAGUGCUCGAGUUCGGGUGUCUCCUCGUACGACUCGAGCGAGUCCAAGUCCUCCCAGAGGGCCCUCGUACCUCCGCCGGUUCUGACGAGUGACGACAGCAACCACAGCAAUCACUCGCACGCCAGUGGCAGCUACUCCGUGACGAUGCCGGUCCACCACCACCACUCGGACGUGGAAAAUGGGCUGUUGCACCAUCACCAGCAGCAGCAGUCGUCGACGUACAAGUUCAAGAACUCGAUAAAGCAAAGGUUCUCGGCCGACCAGAGGAUCAAGAGCUCGUGUUCGCCGCCACCCCGCCACGACAGCCCGACUCGCAGUGGCCAGCCCCAUGUCUCCCAGCAGCAGCAGCAGCAGGGUGUGCCGGUGUUCGCGCUCCACGACAACGGCGGCUUCUACGUCCCGCUGACCCUCGAGGCCUCCCUGCUGAGGCCCCACCUUGGCGUGGGCUCCGACCUCGGGCCCGAGACGGUCCUCCACCCGAUCACCAUAUCCGUCAACUUCAACAACUCGAGUCAACAGCAGGUGGCGCCCUCGUGGUCGGCACAGCCGAGCCCGGCCCAUCAUCAGGUCCAGUAGUGCGAGUCGGGUUGCGGUCGGACGCCACCGGCCGGCUUUUUGUUUUUCUUCUUCCUUUGGUUUUCACUCAACUUUUUCGGACGGAGACGCGCCUGCUUUCACGUGUUUGUUUUUUUAAUCUCGAGGAUUAAACAUUUUUCAAUGAAAUCUUCAAGAAUCAUCAUUAUCGGUGGCGA